AUGAUCCCGCGAUGGCUAUCACUUUUAUUCCUACUUGGCACUCUAUCGGCUGAAUCGAUGUUUAAACAGUCGCUAAAGGGUCGCUGCCAGAAGAUCGAGUUCGAUUUGUGCAAGGACAUCCCUUACAAUAUGACGUUUUUCCCGAACCCGAUGCUCGGCCAAGAUCAACAGAACAUCGACUCGCUUCACAUGUACACGGACCACUUCAAGCCGUUGAUUCUCACAAAAUGCCAUCCGCACUUGAAAUUCUUCGUUUGCUCAGUUUUUGCUCCAAUGUGUCCAAAAGACGUGCCGCAGGCGGUGACGAGCUGCAAAUCAUUGUGCGAACAGGUGAAAGCUGGCUGCAAAUCUCUACUCGAUCAGUAUGGUUUGGCUUGGCCCGAGCUGCUCGAAUGCGAUCGUUUCCCUGAGAUCAACCAGGGUUUAUGCAUGAAUCCGCCCGAGGGAACGCAGCAAAGUCCCUCGCCCUCAGGCUCCUUCGCCCGACCCCAUUCUCCAUCAAAACCUCCAUCUUGUCCAUCGCAUCUCGUAAACGUCGACCCGCAGGACAGCAACGGCGCCUGUGCUCUACCAUGCGAGCACAACACUUUCUUCACCAAGGACGAUAAAAGGGUUGCCUCCUCGUGGAUGGUCGCACUCGGAGCGGUGAAUCUAGCGCUCGCCGCUUUCACUUUCCUCACCUACAUCAUCGAUCGACACCGUUUCCGUUUCCCAGAGAGAUGCGUUUUCUUCAUGUCACUUUGCAUGGCGAUCCUCUCAAUCCCAAACCUCUUCCUGCUGUUCUGGCGCUUCCAGGAGAUGGCUUGCGAGCAGCUACACUCCGGACAAUCCUAUGUGACUUUUGCCGGCUUUGAGAACCACCGUUGCCUUCUCUCGUUCUCGCUCAUCUACUACUUCAGCACGGCGGCGAGUCUCUGGUGGCUGAUGUUCGCCUUCACGUGGUACCUCUCGGCCGGUCGUCGCUGGGUUCCCGAAGGUGUCGAGGCUUGCUCACCGUACGUACAUUUGAUCGCCUGGGGCACAGCGGCAUUGGCAACCAUUGUCGUGCUCGUGAUGAGACGGGUAGACGCCUCCGAAUUGACGGGCUUGUGCUCGGUGGGGAAUCAAGAUCCGGAAUCGCUUCUCUACUUCUCGCUACUGCCCCGUUUAAGCGCCACCCUUUUGGGCGUGUUCUUCAUCGUUGCUGGAUUGAGCGGAAUGUGCAAAGAGGGACAAUCGCUGAGGAGAAGGGGUACCGAUACGUCGAAAAACGAGAAGCUGGUGCUGAAGAUGAUCAUGUUUUGCAUUUUCUACCUGCUCCCAAUGUGCACAGUGCUCGUCUGUGACUAUCUCCAUUUCCACGAUGUCAAAGCGACCAGCAGAGCGACGAUCGAAUGCAAGCUCUUCGGCGGCGUCGAGGCGGGCCUCUGCAAGCAGCCGCCGCGGCUACAGCCCUCUCGCUACCUCCUGCAACUGAUCAUGGGUCUUCUCGGCGGUGGCGCGUGCGCUCUCUGGAUUCUCUCGCCGAAAACUUUCUCGAGUUGGCAGAGGUUCCUCUGUUGUGGCAUGUGCUCGCCAGCUCCGCAGAAAUCCGCUUCCGCUCAGCGUUUGGCCUCCUCCUCGCGGCCGUUGAUCGAACCGCAGAUUCCGUUACAGGUCAUCCCUCAUCCUCCACACCCGCCCACACAUUACGCGCCACUUCACUCGCAACACUCCACCCAAGUGUGGCGCCCGAGCAACGUCGUU